CCACUGACGCCGGAUUUUUUUCUGUUUUGACUUGAAAAUUAAUUAAAUUGUGCCUAAAAACCUUAAAAAAUGCGUCCGCCAGAGUUUAAAUUGAACAAUCCGCCAGAGGAUUUGAUAUCGUCUGUGAAAUUCGGGCCCAAAUCGAACCAGUACAUGGCGGCAUCGUCAUGGGACGGAACGCUUCGCUUCUACGAUGUGGCGGCAAACCAAAUGCGGCAGAAAUUUCUGCAAGAUGCACCGAUUCUCGACUGUGCCUUCAUGGAUAUUGUGCACGUGGUCAGUGGAUCGCUGGACCACCAGCUGCGACUGUUCGAUGUGAACACGCAGACGGAGAGCAUUGUGGGCGCCCACGAGGAUGCGGUGCGUUGUGUAGAGCAUGCCGAAUACGUGAAUGGCAUCUUGACGGGAAGCUGGGAUAAGAAUGUCAAGCUAUGGGACAUGCGCGAGAAGCGCUGCGUUGGCACGUUCGAGCAGAACAACGGCAAGGUGUACUCCAUGUCUGUGAUUGACGAGAAGAUUGUGGUGGCCACCUCGGAUCGCAAGGUGCUCAUCUGGGACCUGCGCAAAAUGGACAGCUACAUAAUGAAGCGCGAGUCCUCGCUGAAGUACCAGACGCGUUGCAUUCGCCUCUUCCCCAACAAAGAGGGCUACGUGAUGUCCUCGAUUGAAGGCCGUGUGGCUGUGGAGUACUUGGACCACGAUCCCGAGGUGCAGCGCCGCAAAUUUGCCUUCAAAUGCCAUCGCAACAGGGAUAACAACAUCGAACAGAUCUACCCGGUGAAUGCGCUCAGCUUCCACAACGUUUAUCACACAUUUGCCACUGGCGGCUCCGACUGCAUUGUUAACAUUUGGGACGGCUUCAACAAGAAGCGACUGUGCCAGUUCCACGAGUAUGACACCUCCAUUUCAACACUAAACUUCAGCUCCGAUGGCAGCGCCUUGGCCAUUGGCUGCUCCUACCUGGACCAACUGCCCGAGACACCUGCCACCGUGCCACAUCCGGCCAUUUACAUACGAUAUCCGACUGACCAAGAAACGAAACAGAAGUGACGUGCACCUCGAUUAAGCUUUUCAACUCUCAAUUGUUUUAUUCGUAACCAAUCAACGACAGAGUAAAUAUAUAUGUCAUCGUUUCAUUAUCAGUUAUGCCAGUGUAA